UGACACGAUACAAUUUGCUUCUCUUACUUGUGUACACAUCUCAUCUUCAGAUCUUCAUUCCUCUUUUCUUUGUCUUUUUGUAUUCCUCUCUAUCAUUUCAUUCCACUGUCAGAUACCUGAGGUACCAGACACUCUGAAAUCUAUAUUUCAAAUACCUACGGGAUCUACCGAUAUACAUAGAUUCGUGCGGGGAAGGGACGACUGAUUAUACUGUACGCCGGAGAAAGGAAAGAAGGGAUCAUUCCACUCACUCAAUCACACACACAAUCACUCACACACAAUCCACACCAGCGUAGCGCAAGACACAAAAUCUCAUUCAACAACCUCAAUUCAACAUGGCCUCUACCAUGAAAACAGCAAACUCCCUCCUCAAGGCCCUCAACACCGGCUCCGGCCUAUCCUUUGGAGCAUGGCAGAUGUUACCAGGCACAUACCUCUCUAGAACGAUUGCUCGAUCUGGCUUUGAUUGGGUGUGUAUCGAUACAGAGCAUGGAAAUAUUGCAGAUGCCGAAAUGCAUGAAUCCGUGCACGCCGUAUCCUCCGUUGGAGUUUCACCUAUCGUUCGCAUCGCCGCCAAUGAAGGCUGGAUGGUCAAACGCGCCCUGGACGCCGGCGCUCAUGGAAUCAUCGUUCCCUUGCUUUACUCGGUCGAAGACGCCAAGAAACUGGUUCAAUCUGCGAAAUUCCCUCCUGUGGGAAAAAGAGGGUUUGGUAGUCCGUUUUCAAUGGGGGCUUUCGACGUCAAGGGAAAUUUGUCCGGUCUGGAGUAUAUGAAUAAUGCUAAUGAACAUCUCCUCACGAUUGUCCAGAUUGAGACCAAGGAGGCUUUGAACGUGGUCGAAGAAAUCGCAAGAGUCGACGGCAUCGAUGUCCUAUUUGUCGGACCCUGGGAUCUUGGUAACAAUAUCGGUCAUCCCGUCAGAGGCGAUUUCGAUCCAGAAUUGAAAGAAGCAAUUAGUCGAGUGCGAAAGGCUGCCGCUGCUGCGGGUAAGAAGUCGGGCAUUUAUUGCCCUAAUGGCGACUUUGCCAGGAGAUAUGCCGAUGAGGGUUUCCAAAUGAUCUCCGUCGUCAAUGACAUGACUGCCGUACCUGUCUUCAUGGCCGAGUCACUGUCCAAGGCAAAAGGCACUUUCGGCCAUGCUGCUGCACAGGCUGUCAAGGGUGCAGCAUACGGUGCAGCAAAUAUCAUCUCGGGACAGUCGAAGGUGUAGUAGAUAGAAGGUUCCUCUUUUUUUUAGUCGGGUACAACCUUCAACAUAGAAUCCAUUCAUUCUUGGGUGUCGUCCAUCCAUCUUCACGA